AGUUACUUUCACAAGUUCCAUGUAAUGUGAUAAACGAUAGGUUAAUAAUUACAAAUAGAAAGUAAUGUGUUAUCUGCAAUUACGUUUCUUCAAGAAUUAUCACUCAUAUUUUUUAAUUAGAUCGAAAUAAAUGUGAAAAUGGCAACUAUCUCAGGCUCUACAAAAGAUGAAACGCAAACCAAAUCACAAGAUUUACAAGUAAUGGGCUGUGUUAAACGCACACAAGGUGAUGGAAUGGAAAAUGUGGUGGCACAAAAAGCUGAGACAAAACAAUCAAAAUGUCGUCUUGGAGAUGCGCUUAUCUAUCAUCCAACAAAUUUAAAGCAAUUAAGUUCCAUUCCUCCAGUUAUGCCAAAUGGUCCAAUAAUAAACCUAGUACCAAAGCAUGUAGCUAGUGUAAAAGAUGAAAAGCAUGUAUUAAAUUCAUUGAAAUCAAAAGAACCAAAAUUUAUACCUUAUGAACCUUACAAAGCUGCGGUCAAUCCAAUCAUUCCUUGCAACAAAAAAGCUAAAAAGCUACAAAGGAAUAAUUUAAAUAUGAGUAUGGCUGUCUCUCAGGUUGCUGCAAUUAAGAUUCAUGAAACAGAGGUUUCAUCAGUUGGUAUUCAAAAAAUAGAUAAAGAUACAGAGAGUGAUUGGUCAAAGGAAAAGAAAGCUUAUGAUGCAGAAAUACAAAAACUCAAAGAAGAGAACAGUCAGCUUGAAAAUCAAUUGAAAUUUCAAGCACAGGUGAAUGGAGAACUAAAGAAUUUAUUGGUAGCUGCAGUAGGAGAAGAUCUUGAAACAAAAGUUCAUUUAUUGACAGAGGAUAAAUUGCAACUUGCCAGGGCUCUGUUGAAUUCAGCUCAACAUCUUUCAACUCAUCAAGAACAGACAGAAUGGCUGGCUGGCCAAUGCGAAGUUUGGAGAAGUAAAUUUUUAGCCAGUAGCUUAAUGGUUGAAGAACUUGCAAAAUGGAAGGCAGCUCUUUGUCAAAGAACUACGGAUCUUCAAGAAGCAAUAAAACGACUUUUAGAGGAUCGUAAUCUUAUUCGAGAUGUAUCUCUGAAAACGUACAGGACACUUAGUAUCCUUCGUGAAAACUUUGAUCCUGUUGGAGCUGCUUCAAAUAAAAGACACGAGUUACCGAGUACAAAUAUCAUAGAUUUAACUCAAGGCUGCUGUCAGCUCGCAGAAAUCCUAAGGGUUCAGUUGUUAAGCGGUGUAGAAAAUAUUAAUUUACAGAGAGAAAUUAAUACAACUGGUUUAGAUAUGAAAACAGUUGCUGAAAAAACUGCAGAGCAGCUACUUAUGAGUCCAAAAAUGUUGAUGUCGGGAAGACAAGACGUAGCUUGUAGCGCCGUAAUGGGAGCAGCUGUAGCAAUUGGUGGCCAAAUAUUUCUUCCAAGAUGUGAUUCAAACAUAACUUGUUGUCCUCAUUGUAGCGGUGAAAUUAAACAAAUUUAAAAUUUUUUAUUGCAAUAUACUCUGUUCACUUAUUGUAUGAUACUAUAUGUUUUUUAAAUGUAUUUAAUUGUACUAUACCAUUUUUGUAUCUAGAAUUCUUAAUUUAUUGAUACAAGUAACAUUGAUUGACAAUAAAAAAAUUAAUCCUUAUUUCACAGUUUA